AAAAUCUGCCUGCUCCUCGGGAGCGGACUUGUCUCUUGGGUUCCUCUUGUGAUAGACAUGGGGUCGCUACAUCCCUUUAGCCAUUGAAGAUGAGCCAAGAAGACUGACAGAGUCUCCUUUUUGAACCACAGUUUCCACUUCUGUGGGAAGGAAGCGGUGUCCACAGGAACUCUGCUUCUGCUCCGAGGAGGCAGAUUAACCCACAAAAGGACAAACACUUUUAAAAGCACAGAUUAUGGCGGAAUUCAACUCAAAUGACACACAGGAGCUUAUCAUAAUUUACCUCUCAAAGCCCUUCUCAGCCUUCAUCAUUUUAACCAAUGUCUUCAUCAUCCUUGGAAUCCUCUUCAAUCGCAAGCUCCAUGGGACCACCAACCGGUUCUUCCUGAGCCUACUGUUUGCUGAUCUUCUGGCUGGAGCUGCCCUUCCCUGUAUCCCUCAGAUGUCCUUCAAAAUGGAAUUGGAAUACCACACUUGCUUUUUAAAACAUGUGGUGCCCAAUUUCCUCUUCCUCUCUUUCUUAGCCAAUCUGCUGGUGGUACACUAUGUCAAGUAUGUGUGUAUCAUGCACCCACUACACUACCAAAGUUUCUGGGUGCAUCGCUGGGCUGGGCUUUACAUAGUCCUUGCCUGGACUGCUCCUUUGAUCUUUGCAGCCCUACCACUGGCUUGGUACCAGUGGAAGUCAAAUGAAAACUGCUCCUUCCAUCUUGUCUUUCCCAUGCCUUAUCUCUACGUGGAAACGUAUGGUUUCCUCAUUCCAUCCAUCCUUGCCAUGGCCUUUAUGUGUGUCCGGGUCCUAUGUGUUGCCCAAAGACAUCUGAAGAACAUUACAAAGCUCCUCCAUUCAGUGACUCAGAGCCAGGCCCCUUCAGAACUGGAGCAGCAACUGGAACUGAGAAAUGCUAAGAGCAUUGCCAGCGUGUCUCUCAUCUUCUUGGUCUGCUGGGUGCCAUACAUUGUUUGCUUAAACAUCUCACUGCUAUCUUUGAAGCAUAGCAUCAGUCCACUGGUUCUCACUGUUGUUACUUGCGUCGGCACUGGUAGUGCUGCUGCAGUGCCCAUCAUCCUUAGUCUUGGCAACCAGCAGUACACACAAUUUUGGAGGGACUUGGCCACCAAAGUCUGUGCAGGCUGCUGCCAGGGACAGAGGUGCAAACAGAAGCAAGCCAAGUCAAAACCAAAGUUACCACAUGACAAUGUUCAAAUUGCAGUGGCAGACACAAGUAGAGCGCAAGCUGAUAACCUUCAGUACAAAGUCAUUACCUGAGUCCCUUCAGGGAGAGAGGGCGAGUUAAAAAUAAACUAUUAUUAUUAUUAUUAUUAUUAUUAUUAUCCCACCAGCAGCAAGAAAGAAACAGGAGAAACAGGAAAAUAGAGAUUUGAGGUUGGGGAGGGGGGGCUUGAUAUUCUGAGGAAUGAUCUCUACUUCCUGUGACCUUGUUGUUGCUGUGUGCUUGCAAAUAAUUUCCAUCUUACAACAACCCUAAGUCAAGCUGUCAAAGCAUUUUCUUACCAAGACUGUGACAUGCCCAAAGUUACCUAGUGGAUUUCCAAGACCAAGGAGGGAUUCAAACCCUGGUCUCCAGAGCUGCAGUCCAUGUUCAUACUGCUAACAACAAAAGGGCUUCAAUACCCUAAAAGCACUAAAUGCUAUCAGAUCUUGGAAAAUCAGUAGAGUUAGUUCUGGAUAAUAUGUGACUGAGAGAUGCCAAUGAAUAUGCUUUAACGUAGACUAUAUUUCAGAGAAAGGAACUGGCAAAACCACACCUGAGCAUUCAUCAUCAAACAAACAACAAGUGAUUGUCCUGCCAGGUCUGAUUUUUUUUCCUGAUUGCUGACACUGUGGGUUACC